AUGGCCGAGUCACUGACCCACUUAAUAAAUCCAAAAUCUCAAAGCGCCUUGACGGCGGAGGAGAGUGCAGAUAGGGAGCACCAAUGGUGGAAUGCUGUGAGCCUGGAGGAGUUCACGGACUCAGAUGUCCCGCCAAGGCAAAUCCUCAAGGACCGGGAGCUCGCAACGGUCUGGAUCAUCGACCGGUCGAUGACCACGGCCGAGACAAGCAAGUGUCGUCUCCGCCGCCUCGACGAGAAGAUAGCGAAGUACGGCGAGAAGUGGUCUCUGAGUGAGACCACCGCCGCUCUUGCCUCUGAUGCGGCGGCGGAGAGGAAGGUCGCCGGCGACCCGGCGGAGCUCGUGCUCGACGGCGGCUUCACCGUGCCGGACUCCAACGCCUUCGGCCACACCUUCAGGGACUACGACGCGGAGUCGGAGCGGAAGAAGACGGUGGAGGAGUUCUACAGCGUGAACCACAUCAACCAGACGUACGAGUUUGUGCAGCGGAUGCGGGACGCAUACGGGCGGCUGGACAAGACGGAGAUGAGCAUCUGGGAGUGCAUCGAGCUGCUCAACGAGUUCAUCGACGACAGUGACCCCGACCUGGACAUGCCGCAGAUCGAGCACCUCCUCCAAACCGCCGAGGCCAUCCGCAAGGACUACCCCGACGAGGACUGGCUCCACCUCACUGGCCUCAUCCAUGAUCUGGGCAAGGUGCUGCUGCAUCCCAGCUUCGGGGAGCUUCCUCAGUGGGCAGUCGUAGGUGACACCUUCCCCGUCGGCUGCGCGUUCGACGAAUGCAACGUCCACUCCAAGUACUUCAAGGAGAACCCUGACUACCACAACCCAGAGUUCAACACCAAGUUCGGGGCCUACUCCGAGGGGUGCGGGCUGGACAAGGUGCUCAUGUCAUGGGGCCAUGACGACUACAUGUACCUGGUUGCCAAGGAGAACAAGACCACCCUUCCUUCUGCAGGGCUGUUCAUCAUCAGAUACCACUCCUUCUACCCCCUGCACAAGCAUGGAGCCUACACGCACCUGAUGAACGAGGAGGACAAGGAGAACCUCAAAUGGCUGCACGUCUUCAACAAGUAUGACCUAUACAGCAAGAGCAGCAUCAGGAUCGACGUCGAGGAAGUGAAGCCCUACUACAUGUCGCUCAUCGACAAGUACUUCCCGGGGAAGCUGAGAUGGUGAGGAGGCCACGCCCAGACAGGGAACGGAACCCAGACAACAUAUGAUAGUUUAUUUACCUUCGUCGAAAGCAAAAAGGAAGAAAGAUUGUUACGAGCUGUCGUACGUGUAUGGUGCGUGAUACUACUAUGUACGGAUCAUGUCACAUCCAAGUUGAGUGAGCGUUGCCAGUAGGGCCAUCAGCCAUGCGUAUUUUGGCGUAUACCUAAUAAAAUUUAUUUGCCGGUA